GCAGACUCAGAAGGCGCUCUUGGAGCACAGUGCCGCGCGAUGGCGGGCACGGGCUUGGUAGCCGGGGAGGUGGUGGUGGAUGCGCUACCCUACUUUGACCAAGGCUAUGAAGCGCCUGGCGUGCGGGAAGCGGCUGCGGCCCUGGUGGAGGAGGAAACGCGCAGAUACCGACCUACCAAGAACUACCUGAGCUACCUGACAGCCCCAGAUUAUUCUGCCUUUGAAACAGACAUAAUGAGAAAUGAGUUUGAAAGACUGGCUGCUCGACAACCAAUUGAAUUACUCAGCAUGAAGCGAUAUGAACUGCCAGCCCCUUCCUCGGGUCAAAAAAAUGACAUCACUGCGUGGCAAGACUGUGUAAACAAUUCUAUGGCCCAGCUGGAGCAUCAGGCAGUGCGAAUUGAGAAUCUGGAGCUGAUGUCACAGCAUGGAUGUAACGCCUGGAAAGUAUACAACGAAAACCUUGUUCACAUGAUUGAACAUGCACAGAAAGAGCUUCAGAAGUUAAGGAAGCAUAUUCAGGAUUUAAACUGGCAGCGCAAGAACAUGCAGCUUACAGCUGGGGCUAAGCUGAGAGAGAUGGAGUCAAAUUGGGUGUCGCUGGUGAGUAAGAACUAUGAGAUUGAGCGCACUAUUGUACAGUUGGAGAACGAGAUCUAUCAAAUCAAGCAGCAGCACGGUGAGGCAAACAAGGAAAACAUCCGCCAAGACUUCUGAUGACGUGGGCAGCAAGGAAGCGAAGUGGGCUCCAAGAGACUCAGCACGGACUUUCUCAAAGCGACUGUUGGUGAUUCAGUGUUCAGAGACUGGGCUAUGUAAACUGUUGUAUUGCUUCUGUGUGUGUCUUAGCAAAAUAAAGAUUGUCAACAUGUUGCUAUUUUUAUAGCUAUAAAAACCCGGGUUUUCAAAGUGAGUGUGACUUUACAAUAAUCCUGUCAUAUUUUGUAGAAGUCUUUUUUUUUUUUUUUUUUUUUUAGGCUUCAAUUUUUGUAAUGAAGCUUCUUUAUUUUUAAGGCUUCCAAGGUGUUCAGGAAGCUGAGAACCUUAAUUUGUGUUUUUGUUGAAUAAAGGCCUAAGCAUUUGUG